CUUAUUCUAAUUACAUUUGAAAAUCGAACGGUGCAAUUCCAUAAACGUUUUCUUCCGUCUACCCUCUAUCAAAAUGAGGUUCUACAUAUUUACCGCCGCGUUUGUAUUGGCUCUGGUUAUCAUCGAAUGUUCGCAUACCUUCCUGGGUACGAAUGUGUUGAGACAGCAGGUAUUCCACAAAAAUGUCAAGUACGGCUCCAAUAUGUUCAGGAAACGUGUUGAGUAUUUGAAUUUCACGAUGCCCGCUUUGUAUACCGGCAGAUCUAUUCAGGGUAUCCUCGCCUAUGACAAGACUAACUCCCAGGCAUCUGCCAACGUCACAGCCGGCGGUCUCGGCUUCAACCAUUUGUCACUUCGCAUGAAGAGUGAACGUAACAGGGAACUUAAGUAUGAUGUCUACAUUUACAUCUAAACGUCUACCUGGCACCAUAGUCUUGAACUUUGUAAUUUGUCUAUGAAUGAACGCAAUGUAAUUUUUAUACGGUUCGAGUUACGAGAUAAUAAAAAUCACAGGAUCAUAAAUAUAAAAAUAAAUCCGAAAA